AAAUUGUGGCACAUAAAAACUACAUAUCACAUAAUAGUAUCACUCUCAUUUCUUGGCAAAGCACCCUCUUGCAGAUUAGUCUCUCCAUAUUUGAAGCAUUCCAUGAGGCUUAUCCUACACAAACUACUGCUUGCUUUCAUGCACUUGUGGUUGUGCUGGAGUUCUUCCACUCAUGUUCAUGCAGCAGAUGACAGUUUAAAGCCAGGUGAAACGCUGAAAUAUUCUUCACCAUCACUAUAUUCCAAGAGUCGCAAAUAUUUUCUGGAAUUUUUUAGUGUGAGUGAAGCUCUUACUUACUUAGCAAUACGAAGUGAAGAUGAGAUAGUUUGGGAGGGUAAUAGAGAACAACCUGUGAAUCAGAGUGACGUGGUUCUCUCCCUAAACUUCUCAGGGUUUCUGAAAAUAGAAUCUGGAUCUCUGAAAAAACCAAUUAUUCUGUAUUCUCCUCCUCAACCUAUCAACAACACUGUGGCUACUUUGUUGGACACAGGGAACUUUGUGCUUCAACACCUUCACCCCAAUGGGACAAACAUUCUUCUGUGGCAGAGUUUUGAUUACCCCACUGAAACUUUGGUCCCCACCAUGAAGUUAGGUGUUAAUCACAAAACAGGCCACCGUUGGUUACUUAUUUCACAGAUCACCAUUGAGCUUGCGACCCCAGGGGCCUUUAGUCUUGAAUGGGAACCGACGGAACAAGAAUUGAUAAUAAGAAGACGAGCAAAAGUUUGUUGGAAAAGUGGGAAACUGAGGAACAAUAGAUUUGAGAACAUCCCAGGAGAUGCACAAGUAGUGUUGAUCUACACCAUAGUGUCGAAUGAAGAAGAAGACAGCUUCUCUUUCACAUCUACAAAUGAAAACCUUACACGUUGGUGGUCCCUUUCGGAUACUGGGAUGUUAUCUUACAAUAAUAAAAAGCGAUAUGUUGCAAGGGCUGAUCUGUGUUAUGGAUAUGACACAGAAGCAGGGUGCCAAAGAUGGCAGGAUAUACCUAAGUGCAGGAGUCCUGGUGAUGUGUUCACCAAAAAGACUCUACGCCUUAAUUACCAAAAGCAAACCUAUGAUGACAAUCAGAAUAUUAGUCACAGUGAUUGUGAGGCUGCUUGCUGGAGCGAUUGUAAUUGCAAUGCAUUUGCAGAAUAUUUUGAUGAUGAUACUGGAUGUACUUUCUAUAUUUGGAAUUCAUCCAAAGAUAUUAUAGUUGAAGACAGUGUUUAUGGUCAAGAAGUUUACAUACUGGAGAACAAAGGAAACAUAACCCUUCUUCAUCACGGUACAAAAAGGUGGAUAUGGAAAAGUACAAUAAUAGCAACUACUUUACUGAUAACAUGUGCAUCCGUUCUAUUCCUAGCCAUAAAGAAAAGAAAACAAGUUCUUCAAGAGAAGAGAAGGAAAGAAAUGGCGAUGAAAUCAUCUCUACUAGACGAUUUUCGAAAUGAAUUGAAAAAGGGCCACGGUUUAAAAGUAUUCGAUUAUACGUUGGUUAUGGCAGCCACAAAUGGAUUUUCAUCUGAAAACAAGUUAGGACAGGGAGGUUUCGGACCAGUUUAUAAGGGAACUUUGCCAGCGGGAGAGGAGGUUGCCAUAAAAAGACUUUCGAGAAGUUCUGCACAAGGAAUUGUGGAGUUUAAAAACGAACUAACACUUAUAUGUGAACUUCAGCAUAUGAAUCUUGUACAGCUACUUGGUUGCUGCAUUCAUGAAGAAGAGAAGAUUCUAAUUUACGAGUAUAUGCCCAACAAAAGCUUGGAUUUCUAUCUUUUCGACUGUACAAGAAGCAAAUUGCUAGAUUGGAAUAAGCGGUUCAACAUAAUACAACGAAUUGCUCAAGGAUUAUUGUAUCUUCACAAGUACUCAAGACUCAAAGUCAUUCACAGAGACUUGAAAGCCAGUAACGUACUUCUUGAUGAGAACAUGAAUCCAAAAAUUUCAGAUUUUGGAAUGGCUAGAAUUUGUAGCCAAGAAGACUCUAUAUCAAAUACGAACAGGGUUGUUGGGACAUAUGGUUAUAUGUCUCCGGAAUACGCCAUGGAAGGAGUGUUUUCUACAAAGUCUGAUGUAUAUAGCUUUGGAGUGUUAUUGCUUGAAAUAGUUAGUGGACGAAAAAACACUAGUUUUUAUGAUGAUGACCACCCAAUAAAUCUAAUUGGACAUGUAUGGGAGUUAUGGAAAGAUGGAAAGUGUUUUGAAUCAGUGGAUCCAUCAUUAGAGGAGUCAUUUGAUUAUGAUGAAGUGCAGAGGUGUAUUCAUGUUGGUCUCAUAUGUGUUGAACAUUAUGCAAAUGAUAGACCUACAAUGUCUGAAGUUAUAUCAAUGUUGACAAAUAAGAGUGAAAAAGUGUCUUCACCUAAAAGACCAGCAUUCUAUGUUCAAAGAGAGAUGUUUAACAAGAAUUUGUCGUCUACAGAGUUGUGUACUACUUCUACGAUGGAAACUACCACUUCGUCGGAAAUAGGAUGAACUAAUUGUGUUAAGUUCAAAGACUUGAGUGUGUUAAGUUCAAAGAAUAUGUUAACUGGUCUUCCCGUAAUUAAAAUUUUUACAAAGAUUUGUGAAAAUUGUUGGAUUAGCAAGGAAACAGAGCCCUUUUGGGUCAUUCCCUAUGUCAAAAACCAACGAUGUUUUGCAAGUUAUAUACUCUUAUGUUUAUGGGCCAUUCGACGUUCCUUUGUUGGGAGAAAAUAAAUACUUUGUAUUGAUGGUGGAUGAUUUCAGUAGGAAAUUAUGGAUAUACAUAACGAAGGCAAAGAAUGAAGUCUUUAAGAUCUCUAAGGAGUUCAAGAUUCUCGUGGAAAAUCAAUCUGGCAAGAGUAUCAAAGUUAUAAGAUCAGAUGGUGGAGGUGAAUUUACCAAGAUUGUGACAAAAGAAAUGUUAUUGGUAUUGUUGACAACUCUAUUUUUCAUGAAUGAAUCAACCAUUUUGUUUCUUUGGUUC